GUAUUGAAACACGAACACAUUUCGCAAACAAAUAAGCUUUUCUUUGUGAAAUAAGUGAAAACAACAUUACAUAUCGCGCUGUUUGCGUUGGAGAAGUGACAAUGCCUCGCUACGCACAGCUGGUGAUGGGUCCUGCCGGAAGUGGAAAGAGUACUUACUGUUCCACCAUGGUAGAGCAUUGCCAGGCCCUCAACCGCUCUGUACAGGUGGUGAAUCUGGAUCCAGCAGCAGAACAUUUUGAGUAUCCUGUCAUGGCAGAUAUUCGAGAACUGAUCCAGGUGGAUGACGUAAUGGAGGAUGACUCCCUGCGAUUUGGCCCUAAUGGAGGUCUGGUCUUUUGUAUGGAGUACUUUGCCAACAACUUUGACUGGUUGGAAGAGUGUCUUGGUCAUGUAGAGGAUGAUUAUAUACUCUUUGAUUGCCCUGGUCAAAUUGAGUUGUAUACUCAUCUGCCUGUUAUGAAGCAGCUUGUGGAGCAGCUACAGCAGUGGGAAUUCCGUGUGUGUGGGAUCUUCUUGGUGGACUCGCAAUUCAUGGUGGAGACCUUCAAGUUUAUCUCUGGAGUUAUGGCAGCCUUGAGCGCUAUGGUGAUGCUAGAAAUCCCCCAAGUCAACAUAAUGACCAAAAUGGAUCUACUUAGUCCAAAGGCUAAAAAGGAAAUAGAGAAGUAUCUAGACCCGGAUAUGUACUCUAUGAUGGAGGACAACUCUGUAGCUUUGAGAAGCAAGAAAUUCAGCAAAUUAACCAAGGCCAUAUGUGGUUUGAUUGAUGACUACAGUAUGGUCCGUUUCCUGCCCUUUGAUCGUACUGAUGAGGAGGGCAUCAACAUUGUCCUGCAGAACAUUGACUUCUCUAUACAGUAUGGUGAAGACUUGGAGUUUAAAGAGCCCAAGGAAGUUGACGAGGAACCCAGUAACACAAAUUUUGACGAGUUCUUCCAAGACAAAGUGGAUUCUUGAGUGUGGGAAAAUUGCAUUUAAACUUCAGGCAGGACUACGUUAGGAUGUGUUUGACUGUUCUGAUUCAAGACCAUUCAAGAAAGAGUAUACAAAAAAUAUACAAAAAUAUCUUGUCUCCCUUUCAUAAUGGCAUUGUUUGAAGGAUUCAACCCUAACCUGUGUCUGCUUAGUCUUAGCAGAGUUUUAUAAAAUGUAUUUUUUUUUCUUUUUUUUUUUUAAUUUUUAUUUAUUUUUGCAAUAAAAAUAUGCAAAUGACAAAUUUGGUGU